AACUUCGCCAAGGAUCAGUGAACCAGAGGGAUCUUUGGAACUUCUUGACGUGCAUUGCUGCAUAUUUCAAGAAUGGGCUUGAGCUGCAAAACUAUGGAUAUAGUUUGCAAAGUUGCGUUGUUAACCAUUACGAUCGCUUUUGUUUCUUGCGAACGGUGCGAACCUGUUACGAUCGAAUCGUGUUCCAAUGCCGGCUACACUCUAACUGCAAGAUUUCCCGAUGUUGACGGACGGCCUUAUCAGGACGUACACAAAUAUCGCCUAAAAACUUACAUCCCGCUGUUGGAAACGUGUUCCAGUUUCACCAGUACUAUCCUAUGUUCGCUUUACGUACCGAAAUGUGAGGAAGGUAGAGCAAAGCCUUGGAUUCCAUGCCGUAAAGUCUGCAGCAAGUUUGUUGCCGAAUGUGUUGGCACCCUGCGUGUGGCGGGCUUGUUAGGAUUGUUUACGACUCUCUGCGAUCUUUUACCUGAUGAGAAUCCUCAAUCAGCGAAAAAUUGUUUUUAUCCCAGCAAUUUUAAUGGCCCGACAUCCGGAGGUUAGCUUUAUUUUGCAACAUCUUAUAUUACUGUCAUAUUGAUCUACUAAAUAAACUAAUUAUAAAGUUUUAUGAAUAACGCAUUCUUCAGUUAAGGUAUCUGCAUCGGCAAAUUUUGCACAUUUUUGCAUCAUUUUUAGUGGUUAUUUUAUGGAUACUAUCUAUAUGUCACUACAUUGACAGUAUUCCUCAGUUCUUGAGGAACUAGAAUAUAUCAAAAUAAACUAUGUUAUGUCACUCAAAAGGUGCUAAUUUAAUUACCCCCUAGGGUGGCACGGAAAGAGAAAAAUCAAAAUUUCAGCAGAAUCCUUAGAGUUAUUGUUAAAAAAGAAAUGUAACACAAAUAAGGAUGUAAGAUAGAAUAAUUCUGUGUUUGACCAUGACAUAGCUCCAAUUAAUCCACCCUCUAGGGUACAAUUUGCUAUUUUGUAAUUUGAUCCACAUUUUGACAUCAACAACUCAGCUGUACGGCAAUUCUAACCUUUGGUCAAACACAGAUCUGUUCAUUAACAUGCUCUUUGUGUAUUUGCCAAAUUUCACGAAGAAAUAAUGAUCCAUUCCUCCAAAAAACUGGUUCCCAUAAGUCAAGGUAAAUCGGUCACACGGCAAUUAACGCUUUUCCGGUGUAAAAAAGCUUAUUUUCCUCUCAAAAUCAACUGUUUUUGCUCGAUACUACCAUCGCAGACCUUCUUACCCGCCAUUUUGAAUCACCGCUGUGUAAAAUGCUCGUGGAAGCCUAAGAAAAUGCCAAAUGACCUCUCUAUAGCCCCCUUGGAUUUUGAUACGUGACCAGUUGCUAGGUGUGACGCAUUUCCGGAAGAUGCGUUACUCAGUGUCAGCUAUAAUGCAGUGAGGCACGCUGAAGUAUUAAGUUUGAAGAAGAGUUUUAUUCAAAAUUGAAAAGAAUUGCUUCCGUAAAGUGAAAGAAAUUGGCAGAAAAAACAGACCAGAGGAUUAGGGGCCAAAAAAACGUUUUACUCUCCCGGCAAAAUUGUCAGAAUAUAUCAGGUGAGAAGACACACCGAUGUAAUGUAAAUUUAAAACAAUAAUAAGCCCUGGAAAACGGAGUAUAUUUCAAGAACAUAACAAAUAUUGACAAGAAGCAAGUAAUAUUAGUCAUCACAGCUUUACUGAACAGAAGCAAGAAAAAUCAAAUCGGACAUACAGCGGCGGCAGUUUGUCAAUGAAUCCAAGCAGUGAAUAGAUUUUGUUCAGCACAUCAAUAGAACUUGAUGCUGAAAAGAGGAGUCAAAUUGCGCUCCUGCCGUCCUUUUUCUUAGUAACGGAAAUGAAAAUUUUUCUUUAACUUCCGGUAAAUCAGUCAACUUUUGAGUAGAUUUUCUCUUAAAUGCGAAGGUAUAUUCAAAAAAGAACACCAGAUAUGCAUAUUAGAUCAUCUGAACUUACUGUAGAAAGAUUUUGAGGGCAAAAUAAAAUGUUGAAAAUUUGCUGGUGCAGAUACCUUAACCAUGAAUAAUGGUGAAGUUUUGCAGAUUUUUGUUUUUCAGAUAAAAAUGAACCAGCUUCCUGCUGAGUUGCUUUGUGUAACUCUUCAAGAUGAUAAAUUUUGAGUUUUGUCCUGAUUUAAUUAAAUUUCAAAAUUCUACAUUUUUUUUUCAAGUAUUGUGGAGGAAGCCGUGUCGGCCUAUUCGUAUUUUGGUAUUGUAAGACAUGCAUUUAAAGUUUUAAUAUGCCUUGUUGCAACCAAAUUUGUAUUGCUAAGUGUCUUGCUCUGAUGGAAACAUUUUGCAUGGAAGUUUGGGACAAACCACUGCCUGAAUAUGCAAAAAGUCCACUUCCACUGUUGAAAUGCAUUGCUCAAAAAUGUGUUAGUAUGUUCCCUAAUUUCACUUCUCAGUUAAUCAUUAAGACCAUGACAAAAUAUCUAGUAAGCAAAUUCUCCUCAUCAUGCUGAUAAGAGAAUUAUGCAGUUGACAUAUGAUGGCUCAAACCCGCCCCUCACUAACUCAGAGCUUGUUGUAGCAACUUGAACCAUAAUCGAUUUCCCCAAGAGAUCCUUCAUACAUUAUUACUGUAAUUCUACCCUCGGUAACUCAAACCCUUGAUGACUCGAACCUCCUGCUAACUCAAAGUAGUUUUUGUUUGGCUACAGAUGAUUUCUAUUUAAUUUUACCCUCGAUAAUUUGAAUUUUGAAAAUAUCAUUAAAUUAUUUUUAAUCUCUUUUUGCCCUUGUAGUAAACUUUGUAUGGUAAUUGCGUUGCUUCCCCACUGGCUUUGCUUUGCUUGUACUCCCAAUAACUUGAACCUUUUUAGAUUUCCCUAGAGGGUUUGAGUUAUCGGAAGGUGGCUGUCUUAGAGAGAAUGUGUUCAUUGAUAUUACACUACUGUAUGGCUCAAAGGGUCAAAAAUUCUUUGUCAGGUCCUGUGACGAAUGUUUGCCAUAAUGUCACAGUUCAGACAUGUUCGGGUCACCUUCAUUAUGGCAAAACCUUUAUUCCUCCAAGUCUUCAAACUGGACUGGAUGAAACUAUAUUUAGUACAGUCAUCAACAGUAAAUGCUCAACAGACCUGGAAAAGUUUCUUUGCUACACACAGUUUCCACCAUGUUAUCCUAACCGACCAGCCACGACAUCUGUACCAUGCAAAUCACUCUGUGACGUCGUCGACAAGAAAUGCUGGAAAGAGUUUAAUGCCUUAGGCAUUCCUCUAACGGACUGCAAUUUCAUUUACCCCAGGGACAAUACAGCAACUGGUCUUUGUAACUUAACACAGUGGCCAGCUGCUUGGCCCAAGGAAUUCAGACCUUCUCCAUAUCGUAAGUGCGAAAUUAAUAUUGUAUACACAAUGAACCUAUUUAACUGAUAAUACAGUAAAAACCUGCGACUAAGAACCUGGUUUGUAAGAACCUGAUAGGCUAAAAUUUGCCAGUUAGGCCCCCUCUAAACAAGAACCUAUGUAAUUAGCCUAAAAUUGAAACAGGUUCUUAUUUUCUAAAAGUUAAGAAAAAAAUUCUGUCCACCUGGGCAUUCAGCAUCCUCUUUGGAGACUGGGUGUCUUAUCACUCCAACUGCCACAAUGAAAUGGUAUGCAGAUUUUAUAAGGAAUAACUUUGGAGGCUGCAUGGCCCAGUGGUUAGGGCGUUGGACUCGCAAUCCGGUCGUCCCUGGUCGGAGUCCCGCUCCGGCCACUUGGUGGAUUUGUUCUCGGUCAUACCGAGUUCAAAUCCUCAGCUGUGCUUGUAAAUUAUUUAGCCAACUGGUUACCUCCUGCCAGUUGGGGUUUUUAAUCCUGUUAUCUUGUAUUUGAAUUAUUUGUUUCUAAGUAUUUAAGCGGAGUGCCUGUAAACUAGCUGAAUAAGCUAAGUGCACUUUUGUAACUAAAUCCUCUUAGAUGUAUUUUUUUCUUCAGAAAAUAAGAACCUAUUUAAGAACCUACAUAGUCUAAAUUUUUGCUAAUUACCAUUAAUGUAAGAACAUGUUUAGGCUAACUUGGAAAAAUGCAAGUAAUCUUAGUCACGGGUUUUUACUGUACUACAUGACGCAUUGACCUACAAGCAUGUCGUCAAAAUAGUAAUUAUUGGCCUAGUUCUUUUAAUUUACAUUUUUGUGCACCAAAACAAAGUUAAGGUUCAUAAAAAUACAAAAAAAACAAGGCCAAUUUUGAUCCACUUUGACUAAAGAAGCAAGGAUUCAUCAUAUUGCCAAAAGAAAAUGUUUUUCUACAGGAACAAGGCAGGGAAUCUCAAGCCUGUGAUGGGACAAUUGUUCAAAGAAAUAAAACUUGAGACUCCAUUGCCUCCCUUCAAGAUGAUCAUGAGGUGUCUGUGUCUCAAUGUUAUUGUUCAAUAGUAAUGGGUCAUCUUCACUUUGUUAAUUUGAAUAUUCUAAGUAUAAUUUGGUUUUUUUUGGUCAUUUUUUUGUCAAUUUUUUUAAACAGCUCUUGGAUCCUGUGAAGAAAUCACUGUCAAAUCAUGUGCCAAUGCAGGUUACAAAUUUACGGCCCGAUUUGGCAAACAGUUCCAAGAUUACAAAGGACAACUCCUCGAUACACUCCUUCCUCUUCUGCAAUCUUGUUCACAGCACAGUAGUCUGAUCCUUUGCUCUUUGUAUCUUCCAAAAUGCAUUGAAGGAGUUGGCCGACCCAUGUUGCCAUGCCGACAAGUUUGUCUGGAUUUUGCUGAAAAAUGUAAGAGUCAACUGCAGUAUGCAUCGACUCAUGGAAUGACAGUGGCUCUUUGCGAUCUUCUGCCAGUGUAUGAUGGGACCUCAGACAAAUGCAUCAUGCCACCAAACUUUCAGUCAAGCAAUUUAUGUAAGUUAAAUAUAAAUAUAAACACUUAAUUAUCCUCUCCCCCUUGAGGCUUUCCAGGGAUAAUGAACCAGUAUUUCAAAUGGCACUUAACCCUUUAAGCCCCAAUAUCCCCAUACAAAUUCUCCAAACUGAUCUCUAUAUAUUUCCUUAAAGAAAUAUGUGUUGAGAAUUUGAUAAAAGCUCAAAACAUAAUUUCUCUUAGAUGAUCAUUUUAUUAACUCUCAUAAGCUAAUCUCUUGAUAGUCUAUGGAUAUCGUUAGGAGAAAAUUGAUGUUGGUCACCAUUGGGACUUAUAGGGUUAAUAUGGUUAAGAAUCCCACCUGGUAGGAGGUGAACUAGUUGGCUAUUUACAGGCUGGCAAGGGAUUUGAACUCAUGAAUAGAGAGAACAAAUCCAGCUAGCAGUCAGAGUGAAACUUGAACUUGUGCCUCCAACAUACAAGUCCUGUGAGAGCACUCUAACUGCUUGGCCAUCCUGUUUCCAGAAGUUGAUCUGGGUGAAAAAUCGUUGGCCCUGUUUUAAUAGGGUGGCUGAGUGCAGCAUGCUGUAUGUACAGCUUGUGUAUAACAAGUCACAUAGCUCAAGGCAUGAUUUGCAUGUUGAAUGGUACUCUUAACAGACCCUUUUUGAUAGAGUGUGAGAAUGUCAUCUCAUUGUGCACAGUUUCCAAUUUGUCGUGUUAUUGGAAAUAAAUAAAUUUGAUUUUUUGGCAAUCUAAGGAAUGUACUUUUUGAGAGCACUGGUUAGCUCAGUUAUUAGAGCACGGGAGGUCCCGGGUUUGAACCCCAGACCAGACCAAGGAGAACAUGCUGCCUAUGCAAUGACAUCUGCAAAUGGUUAGAUGUUCUAGUCUUCUUGGCUAAGGACGAUAAAUCAUGGGCCCCAUCUCCUGCAUCUUCAGUGUUAUAUGGUCAGCAGGGGACGUUAAAGAACCCACGCACUUGAACAGGGUAGCUGGCCUCUUUUUGCGGGUUGGUGCUUCACACAGGGUUAAACUCAUUGCACCUUACAACCAUGUACAGAAUUGUCCAAGAAAAAUGAGUAUGAGUAAAAUAAGAAAUAAAAAGAUACUUUAUUCUAGAUUCAUGACAACAUGAGGAAUUAGUUUCGGGGGCUCUGAAUAUUUUUAAAUUCUGAGUUAAGCCUUAAUCAAACACUGAAGUUUUUUGUUUUGUCCAUAAUUUAUAUAUGAAUUUUUAUUAAUAGUGCAAGAUCGUGCCAGAUCACAUAAUACCACAAGCCCCCUCAGCAAACAGAAGCAGGCUUUAAGUGUGAGGGAAACUGUGAAAAGAUUUGCUGUGGGUGUGAAGCCAGAAGCCCUGAUCUGACUUUAAAAAGUUGAAAGAGCACUGAUUCAAAUAACCUGCAUGGUGGGUGUUGAAAGGGAAAGGGGGAUGUCAGGUGCACGAGAGCGCGAGGGUUGCCCCCAAAUUUCUCCCUUUCUCUUUUAACUUCUGUCAGGCAGGCUGAGUCAAAUAAGAAGAGGUACUGAAUUUUAUCUCUAACAAAAAUUUUGACAUGUUUCUCAUUCUAGUUUCUUCCAGGAAUGUCUGUCACAAAAUGACAUCAAACAAGUGUUCAAAUGACCUCCAUUACAGCAAAACUUUUGUUCCAUCAGAUGAUCAGAACCCAAUUGUGUUAACGGGUCUACAGCGCGUAAUAGACUCAAAUUGUUCACCAGAUGUCGAGAAAUACCUGUGCUACAUCAGUUUACCGCCGUGCACGCUCAACUCCUCUGUGGUUCACCUUCCCUGUAGAGAGCUCUGUAAGAGAGUGAACCGCGACUGCGCAGAUGCUUUGCGAACCAACUCUAUUCCAGCACUGCAUUGUGACUAUCUGUUUCCUCCAGGAGAUGGUGACCGCGAUGGAUUGUGUGAUUUGAAGAAGUGGCCAGCCCCAUGGCCGUGGAAAAUUCCCGAUCCUGUUCCUCCAACCUCAGGUGUGUAUAAAGUGGUUUAAAAACGAUGGAAUGCUUUUCGGGAGCUGUUGUUGUUCCUUAAUGACCCUUUUCCGAGGGAAAAACUUAAUUUUGUUUUUCGAGUAUCUGAGCAACGUUUCCUGAGGUGGAGCGGAGGAAAACACCGGUAUUCUUGAGUAACAUUUAAGCAAUAGAAAACGUUUUCCGUGUGAUAUAAACACGAGAGGGGUUGGGAGAAUUCGAGACAGUUAUGCAAACCCGAGACGAAAUCAACGGUUUCCAUAACUGUCGAGAAUUCUCCCAUCCCCUCGAGUGUUUAUAUCAGGCUAUGCAAAUACAGGAAAAAAAAUUCUACUGCUUUUAUAAAUUAACUUUCCCGAGAAAAAAACGCAAAACUCUUUGUUAUGGCACUGAUUAAAAGAGAAAUUAUCACCAGUCGCGAAGUCUUGCAUGCCUAAUCAGUUCUUGUUUUGCGAAAAAAAGAGGCUUUCCAAAAUUCCGAUUUAUCUCGCUUAAAAUGUCAACUCAAGUAAAAAAAAUGGCACAACAUGGCAAAUCAUCUUGACGUCACCACCAUGUUUACAUACUCUCAUGCAAACACACCUCUCGGCCAAUCAUAGCGCGCGUACUAUUUCAGUUAUUAGAGAUAUUAAGAUUAGGGAGCUUAAGCAACGGUGUUUUUGAGCGACGGACGUCAACCGGAAGAGGACUUUUUGCAUCGUUGGGCAGUGGUUUGGUUGAAACUCUCUGGUAAAUCGUCUUUAUAAGAGAAAAGAAACUUAGCAAUACAAAUUUGUUAGCGUCAAGGCAGAUAAAAAGGGAGAAGGCCUCACUUCCGGUUGACGUGCGUCGCUCAAAAACGUCGUUGCUUAAGCUCCCUCAAACGUCAGACUCAAGUUCAUUGAGAAUUUCUCAGAACAGAAAAUAAGCAGAUAAAAACAGUCCGGAACGAUUCCUAUGGUUAAAACUGGGAUAAAACUACUUAUUUUUGUGUAGAAGCAAUAAAGAGUGAACGGAAAAUAUGGGGAAACCUUGGUCACGUGGUACAAAUUCACGUCUGCUGUUUGGCGUAAACGUGAAUCUUAACCUCUCUUUUUUAUAAAAUGCACUGCUCCCCCCUGCGAAAACAACGGGAAAUACAGGACUAUCUUUUCAACGUUCCCGGGAAUUUUCCUUUGGAACGCCUGAAAAACGUGUUUUCCAUUUUUAUUCCAACCGUAAUUUCUGGAAUUUCUUGGUAAAUGGAAAGCGCCCCGUACCGGCUGCUUUUGGCUGUCAACCCUCUCUCUCGCCCAAGUAAUGUAACAAUACUUUUUUUAUAUAUUGUAAUUGUCCUAACAGCUGGGCCUGCUAAGUGUGUUCCCCUGAAAGCAAACGUAUGUGAAGGAGCUGGUUACGACUACACGGCAAACUUUCCGCCAAUUGAUGGCAAGUCAUACCAAGAAGUCAAAUCAAGAAGUUUGCAGUUUUUCUUGGAUUUCCUAAAAAUAUGCUCACCGUACAGCAAAGCAGUUAUGUGCUCUUUUUCAAUGCCCAAGUGUGUGGAAGGCGUUGAGCGACCCAUACCGCCCUGUCGGAGUGUUUGUCUGGAGUUCGUGGGGAGCUGUCAGAUGUUACUCUCCUUAGCCUCACAUGCUGGUUUGUUCAGAGCACUUUGUGAUCUCUUACCAGAACAGGAUUCCUGGCCAAAUACUUGCUUUGUUCCUGACGGAUUUAAACGCACUCUUCCAGCUGGUGGGUCAAUUUUCAAAGUGAUUACCGAUUAUUAGGUAUUUUAUCAGUCAAAGGUCCUGUUAGAAAGACACCGCCCCUCGGGAAAGGCUAAAAACGUGUCCUUACAAAAUAUCCUCCACUUUCGCCAACACUGAGGUGAACAAUGUUUUUAGUAUAUACCACGCUAGCGGAAUAACUAGCGGACCAAAGUUGCUUUAUGUUUCUCAGUUCCUUGGAAAUCAAAAAUCUCGCGCGCCGCGCUGUGCAUAUCAACGCUUACAAAGUUACAUGAUAACUCAGGUGAUUAUAAUAAAUGAAGUCAGAAGACGAAGUGAACGAAAUCACUUUACACGUUCGACAAUCUUCAGUAGUAAAAUUCCAAUGUUUCUGGAUCCGAGACUCUGUAUUCAACGAGAAGGAUCUAUUUCAAAUCUUAAAUGUUUUCUGCUUCUCUCCGUCUACUCGGAAGUGAAUAUUACUUAUAGUAUAUACUUAUUACUACGAGGCUUCCCAAUCAACUUUAGCUAAACAGCGUGCCGAAACCCAUUACUCACUUGUGUGGUAUAUACUAACAAAGGGCAUGUUUAAAAUGAAUGAUUUUUAAUUGGAAACGCUUUAGUCCAGAGAAAAUUGACAAACUUAUGCACAACUAUCUUUUCUUCUACUUUCAAUAAUUUCAAGUAUUAAUUUUUUUCUCUAUUUUCUUCAGUUGCCAAACGUGGCGGUACAUGCAGCAAAGUUGUCAAACCACAAUACUGCAUUGCUGAUUUACACUAUAAUCAGACGUUUGUUCCAGAGAGAAACCAGUCUAGUUACUCUGUUCUACAGGGUAUUUUGAACUCCAAAUGCUCAUCAGAAUUUGAAAAGUACCUCUGCUACACAUCUGUUCCUCCAUGUAAGCCAAAUGAUCUGUCUGUGUAUGUGCCUUGCCGAGAUAUCUGUGAGCAGGUAAGUAAAUAUGGCGCGCUAAUACAACGAGAGUUUUUUUUUAUUAUUUCACCUGUAUCGCUGUGCAUCUCAGACUGAAGUCAUUACUUACUGCCUUUAACCGUAGCCGUAUUAUUAUAUUAACCGUUUAAAGGAACUGUGUCACGAAAUUCAGCCGAAUUAGGAAAUUACAAAAUGCCCGUUAAAUUAAGAGAAACGUAAAAAUAACCGCUUAAAACAUUAAAGGAAGGUUAAAAUAACACAACAGAUACAACAGAUGCCACGGAUGGGCAAAACUAAAGAAGAUUGAAACGGAUUGAAAUUAGGUUUUUUGAAAACUGUUCAGCGUAACAGUUUUUCAAAGUUGAUCUCUGCAGUUUGCAACUUCAAAAAUAAUGCUCGGGAGACAUAUUUGUUUGUCUCGAAACUCUGUUUUUGUCAUUUCCAUGUAAUUUCUUUGCUUACUUUAAGUUCCAUAGCGAUUGAGGGCGAGUAAUUGGCAAAAUUAAACAAAAUGAACUGGACUGUCGUGACACAACCCCUUUAAUUCCCAAUAGUGACCAACAUCAAUUUUCUCCUGACAAUAUCCAUACAUUGUCAAGAAGAAAGUCUAUCAGAGUUAAUAAAACGAUCACAAAGAGAAAGAUCUUUGAUCUUUUAUCAAAUUCUCUCAACUAAUUCUUAAACGAAAUUUAUGGAGAUCGGUUUGGAGAAUUUGUAUGUGGUUUAAAGGGUUAAUCAAAUUUUUACAGGGAGCACUGGCCAUAAUAAUUUAUCGGUGAUUUUUGUAGGCAUGUGAACAGUCUAGAAUGUAACUACUCAAUUUUCUUAUGCAGGUGAAACGUGACUGCGCCGGGGAAUUCGAGAAAGCUGGAAUCCUUAUUCCUGAUUGUUCAUGGAUAUAUCCAGAUGAAUCUCAUCCCACAGGGCUCUGCAAAGUCGAUAAAUUCCCAGCUCCCUGGCCUGCGAAAAGAGUUGCUGAAGAAGGUAAGAAUCCCCAGUAGUUUAGGACGGAAAAAAUAUAAAAUUCAAACGCCUUCUCUGGCGAAAGGGGAUUCGAGGAAAUUGCUGUUUUAAGUUAAUUCUGUGCUGAAGUCAUUACUUGGUGCCUUUACUCAUACAGAAUGAUGUCUCAGUACAGACUCGUACCCAGUCGCUAUUUAUGUGUUUUUGGGGUUAGAGAAGAUUGGGGGUUAGGUUGAGGCGCGCGGCGUCUCAUGGGAAUUUACGAAGGAAAAAUAGCUUCUUCUCAUGAGACCUCGCGCGCCUCAAUCUAACAUCCAAUCGUCUCUCAGCUCAAAAACGCAUAAAUAGCGACUGGGUACGAGUCUGGCCUCUGUAGAGUUAUGAAGAAGAAGAUAUUACCUAAGGGAGAACUGACCAUGAUAUUUUUUGGUGAUUUUUGAAGGCAAGGUUAGAAAAACAAAAACAAAAAACUCGAAAUAGCCGGCCCAACUUUGUAAAGUUUCAACCCAUGUUUAUCCUUGCCUUCAGUAGCAAUAGCUGACAGAAAAUUAAUGCGACGUUUUUAUUGGUCAAUGAGAUCAAAAUAGUAGGAAUGUUAUUGAGCGUUGUACACCGUCAGGUACACAAAAAUAUAUAACAAAGGACUCCUUCGGGCUUCACAACCAUUCCACUCUAUUAACCAUGUCUGAAUUGACCAUUUUUUGAGUAUUUUUUCUGUUUUCCACAGCUGCAGGUACAAAGGAGCCUCAGAAAUCCUCAACCCGCGGUGGUUUAAUCGCCGGAAUUGUUAUUCUGCUGUUUGUCAUAAUUGCAUCGGUGGGGAUUGGUGUAAUGUACUUCCGAUGGCGUAAAGGCAAGCAGCAGUUUGCUGCACAACGGUUUGAAAACGCCCCUGAGCCAAAAGAUGUGCAACUAUGAAAAUUGGUUUCCGAUUGAAACACUUACGAUAGUGGGUUGCUUCCAUAGUCCUUUCUAUAAUAUUUCUAAGACCUCUGUGACCUUAUCUGUUGGGUUUUGGUCACCCCAAUGCCUUCGCUGCAUUAUAUUUGGGGAGAAGGCCCUUAGGAUGAGUACUGCGGCUGCACCAGCAACCAGAUUUCUUCCUUAGGCAUUGUGGGCCUUGGUGGCCCACUCUAAUCGCUAUCUCAAACCUUAAACCCAGGCUACACAGGCGAUAAUAUGCUUUGUUGCACAGUUGAUACGAUUUUGUCCUGCUUCCUGUAUCGGGUACUGUUUGCUCGAGGGACAAAUUUGGCCACAAUUCUUGAAAGACAGACCCCAAGAUAGACAAGAGACUGGGUUUCGUAUUAAAGCUGAAUAAACGUGGUGGCCAAUGAAAGAUCGGUCAAUGUGGGAGCGCCCUCUCUGAAGAACUCAGUAGGUUGGAAUCGCUAUCUCAAGACGGGCUUGUGGUCGACUUUCACGCUUCAAAGGAAAUAUUAUAUUUUAUAACUUACCCUGUGGUACAAUCAGUAUCACUGACUGUGAAUGUUCAAGAAGUCAACAGCUGCUUAUAAAACUUGCAAAUUCGUAGUUCUUUAUUGAAAGUGACCUAACAAUCAAUGUCCUCCCAGUAACCAACACUCGUCAUCAGUCAUUUUCUUGGCUCCUCUGUAACAGGGACAUCUCUCUUUGACGGACACUAAAGGUACUUACUUUGAGUUGGAAUUGGCCGGCCAGACCAGUCCAGUCGUGAAUAGAAUUUAAGUGUUAAUCAGCAUUGUUUAGCCAGACCAUUCUUUUCGUAGUGAGCAUUGCAGUGAUAGGCUUUGGGAAAAAAUUCUCGAGACAAGCCUGCGUUAUUUUCAAAAUAAGGGUUCCAGCCGCCCAGUUCCGACUUUUGGAAGGCGCCUUAAAAGGGGUUUUGUUUGUCGUAGAGAAAAUUUACUAUUUUACUUGAGCCGUCCCUGGAGGGAAUAAAAAAAAUAAUAAAUAGUUGGUUCAACAGGGAUUAGCAUCUCUGUAAUGAUUAGCCUGCGUUCAGACGUCUCCUAUAGGGCUCGAAAAAGUUUCCCCCUUGUAGUCCGAUACUAGUAGAUUUUCUUGCUGGGCAAGUAACUUUUAAAGCUUAUUAUGUUCCAGGCAAGUCAUCUUUUAGCAAAAUCAUUCACUAAGACCAGCAAGAAGUAGCCCCAGGUAAGGGAAAUGUGACAACUGCUUGCUCAAAGGACAAGCUUGUGUUUUUUUGUAGCCCUGCUCCUAUUUCCUCUUUUUUACGCGGAAAAAGAAGACGUCUGGACGCAGUCUUUGUAAUGAUAAGGAAGUUUUUUAAUUUAACAAUGAAUGAAUGAGGUUGAUCAAGUAUCUUAUGAAGAAUUAUGGAGAUCGAGGAGGGUGUUAUCCGUCCAGGCCGUAGGCCGAGGCGGAUAACACCCUCCGCGAUUGUUCAGCUCUGCAAAUAUUCUCCAAAUAGCAGAUGUCGCCCUUCGAGUUGUCUUGUUGAUGUUCGUGCCAUGUUUUUAGCUAUUAUUUCACCUAGUUCUUACUCUUGAAACGAGUGAAAUGUGCGCCAUUUUUGUUUCCACAGCCAAAACAACUCAACCUCGUCCCCAGGUCUUCUCGGUUAACGGUGCAUUAACCUGCAAAAACGCUGCAUUUUUGACGUCAUUUCCUCGCUAAGUACAAAAUUCCUCCAAAUUUGGUCAUCAGUAAAUGGUUAUGGUGAAUUGUGCGUUUGCUUUUAGCCAAUCAGAAUCGGGGAAAUAUUUUGAAUGAAUAAUAGGUUAUCAUAUUUAACUGCACGUGCACCAAAGUCGAAUGUACAAUUCCGCUUAUGCCUAAGAGAAAACAAACGGUAUAAUGGUUCACAUCUACAGUUUCACGACUGUCAAGUAAGUUCAUUUAUUACCCAGCGACACCGUAUUUAUAAUCCUGGUAUACCUAUUUCAUGAUAUUUAAGUAUGUGUUAUGAAUCGUUGUGUUGAUAUGUUUUAUGUACCAUACUUUAGUUUGCAUCAUCAAUACAAAUUAUCUGAGUUCUUGGGUUUUUGUAAAACACUGAAAAAUGUAGGUUAUAUCUUCAGUGCAAGUGGUGGUUCGUUUUACACAAAAUGGUAAAAAUAUUAUUCGAAAGCCUUAACACCACCUGGCCCCAUGCAGGCAAGGGAACUUGCCCAAAGGACAAGCUUGUUUUUUUUUUUUCGAGCCUGCUCCUAUUUCCUCUUUUUUACGCGGAGAAAGGCUUUGUAAUGAUAAGGAAGUUGUUUAAGUUAUCUUAUUUAACUGCACGUGCACCGGCAAAGUCGCAUGUACAAUUCCGCUUAUGCCUAAGAAAAAAUAAGCAGUAUAAUGGUUCACACGUACAGUUUCACGAUUGUCAAGUAAGUUCAUCUAUUACCUAGCGACAUAGUAUCUUUUAUUUUAAUGUUCGUACUGACUAAGACCCUGUUUACAUGGAGUGGGGGACCCCGGUCUAGUGGGGUAAGUUUCUUUUGUUUUGUGUCCCCCGGAGCGUGAAAACAAAAGAAACUUACCCCACUAGACCGGGGUCCCCCACUCCAUGUAAACAGGCCCUAAAAGGACUCAGUCCACAAACUGAAACGGGAGUAGCAGAUUGAACAGCAUGGUUAAUUCUACCACAGGAAAGUGUUUUUCAAUAGCUUUUACUAAGAGAGGUUGCUCUUACUUCCAAUUUCAAUUUUAUCUACAGCAUUAAAACUAAAUACCAUCAGUACAGCAUAAUAAAGAGCACCACAGGAAAAUUCGCGGUAGCUUUCAUUUUAAAUGUUAGCGAUUAAGGACUUCAUCCCGGUCGCAAAGGCAGAAUGACCGUUCACAACACUUAAACAUCGACAAACAGUUUAAUAACAUCCAUGCCAACAAAAUAAAUUUAACGUAUAUUUGACAAUACUGCACAUCAAGAUUUAUCUUGUAACACGCGAGGCUUCAGCCUUUCUUCUUCACCUUUAUAAAUAAAGUUACUGAAAGUUGAAUGGGUCGUCAGCUCCGUUAGACAUAACUUGCGUCUAUUUUUAAUUUACCGACGUCCGUUCUCUGACGAGCAUAGAAUUCCAACAAGCGUUUUCUUUAGAGAAUUCUUUGAUUUUGAAGAAUCGGUAUUACAGUCCAGGGAGCCGAUUUUACUUACCGGGGGUUAUAAUAGAACUAGUUUCCACUCGACAACUCUGUCUGUUGGGUCGAGAAAACUUGUUCACUCGUCGACUCGACAACUUUGUUGCCGUCCCUAAUAAACUAAUCAGGAGAUGCAUUUUACACUCGACAACUCUGUCUGUCGGGUCGAGAAAACGUGUCCACUCCUUCGACUCGACAACUUAGUUGUCGUUCCUAAUAAGCUAAUGAGAUGCAUCUUACACUCGACAACUUCUCCGCUCGUACAAGUUGUGAAAUAUAUUUUUCCACUCGUAUCAUGUCGUCAGUAUUGGACGUGACUGUUAUAACUCUUUUAAUGGCUCGGUUCUCUGACGGUAUAUUAUCAGCCCCACUUAUAGUCAAUCGUUACAUCUCGGAUCAUGCCUCUCUUUGUUGUAAGUUACUGCUAGAGAAACCUGUAGAAGAAAAGGUGAUCACACAUAGGAAGUACAAGUCUAUUGACUUAGAGAAGUUCAAUAAGACAAACGUGACCUAGAAACAUCUUCACUGUGCCAAGAUAACAGGACGGCUGAAGAAUCAUCUGUAGAAACAUCUACGGAAGUCGUGAAAAAGCUAGCCACAGACUACAACUCCACUCUUUCCACACUUAUAGAUCGUCAUGCCACUAUGAAGACCAAGGGUGUCCGGUCACGCCCCUCUAUCCAGUCGUACACUGCGGAGAUCAGGCGGUGCUGCUAAACGGUUAAGAAGAAAAUAUGAGCGGCAGUGGCGGCGAUCGAUCAGGUCUGCGUGAAGAUUUUGACGCUUUCAAGCACAGACAGGGUUCGCUAUUAAGCGGACACGUUCGGGACCUUCCCAACUGUCCGCUUAAUAGAGGAUGUCCGCCUAAUAGAGAUUGUAAAAACUGCGUAAUGUUUGUCAACGAUCAACAUUCAACGGUUACUCUAUAGUGUGAUAAAGUUGUAUGUUGUUAAAGAAGCUAUCCAGAGUUCAAGUUCAUUACCUUUCAUUACUAACUUUAAUUUGUUUGUAAAUGGAAAAACAUUAACUGACUUCAGUACGUAUUUCAAGGACGUAAUCCAAUGUUCAGUCCGAUGUCCGCUUAAUAGAGGUUUUUAACAAUAGAAAUUAACCAAAUACAACUUAUUUUAGUGUCCGCGUUCGCUUAAUUAAUAGAGGUGUCCUCAGAAUAGGGGUUCGUUAUAAAAGAAAAUAUCAGACGUUCGUUUCGGGGUCAGGCUUAGUGUCCGCUUAAUAGAGGGUGUCCUCUUAAUUGGGGGUCCGCUUAAUAGAGGUUUCACUGUAUUUUUAUCCGCUUGCCGAACAAAACAAUGGCAUACUGCAUCUAGCAGUGCCAAUGGAAGCGUAUGACAGAAUACUAAGCGAAUCAGUAUCCUAAUUGUUACGCAGACAGGCGAGUGGGAAUGAAGGAUACAUAUAUACCGGCACACAACAUGAAAGGUGUGUUUAUCCCUCUACCGUGUGCGAGACAACGGGAAGGAAGUGUAUAUGUAGCGAGCGAGUUCGGUUGCUAGACCUAACUCCUAAGCGACUUACGGUCGUCACCAGAUCUGCCACACGAGGGGCGAUGCUAUGGUGACAGCCGUAAGUUGCCUCUCUAACGCUUCCAAGUGACAAUUGCGGAGCGGAGCCUAUAUAAAAGGCUCUUUUUCCGAAUUCUUAUCAUUGUGGGAUAAACGCCUGCCUUCUUUUAUUUAGUUUGUUCGCGUUUUCGAAUUCGUUCCUUUUUCACAGUAAAAUCAGAUAGCGAUUGAAGAAACAGCUGCUUUAUUAGUGCUCCGUACUAUAGACUAUUUAUACUUAUAUUUGUUGAGAAUACCUGAAGUGAAAUGUUCCACGCAUGCGUAUGCGUGGCGAAAUUAUUAUUGCGUGAUCGAGGACCACAUACAGACGACAUACGUGUAGACAUGAGUAAACGAAGUUGUUGACCUUCGAUAUUCGCCUUAUCAAGCACCGAGUAUCAGGUCAAUCGAAUGUUGUGAUGCCAGAAGCUUUCGACAUGACUGUUUUUCAUUUCCUUCGAUCGAUGUCUCCACAAAACAAAGUUUAAAAACGGCAUUAUAAGCGGACAAUAGGUGUAAAUUUGCUAACGAUAGAAAUCGCACGUUUCCAUGGAUAUAUACAGAAUUACUUAAACGUUUCAGUGUUUUGUCUUAUCUUGAUUUUGUGGUAUGUUAUGUUACCGAAAACUAAUUAAUGUUAUACUCGCUACAGGCUUAAUAUAAAUCAAGUCACCCCUUUGUUGGGAAUAUAAUUGUCGGGAGAAAUCAAGCCCUUCCAUCUCUCACUUGAUGAAAGUGACCUACUUUGUAGAAGUUUUUCAGAGGCAGCCACCCGUUAAAGAAUUGAAUGACCUGAAUUUGCAUUUCGCACAUUAUACAGUCACUGAGUCAGACCUCGCGCGCCGUCCGAUUCUAGUAAACACUGGAGUCAAUCUGAACAGUUAAAAAUUCAGUCUGAACAUUUAAAGUGUAUUUAUCAGUUUGUUACAGGAACACAAACAACUGAAGAAACCAUUAUCAAGCUAUUAAAAGUGGCUUGACGAUGUUGUAAGUAUCAGAUUUUUGACAGCGUGAUUUUUGGUUCACGUGUCGAAAUACAUAAAUGAAAUGAGAUUAAGUGAUGAAACCGCCUUUUUCCAUAUUUUUUCUCUCUUCAGGUGCAAGACAAGGCUAUUUUCCAUUUUCCUGCCGUUUGCCAUUUUCUUUACUGGAGUUUCUUGUGCCGAGCAGCAUUGUGAUCAAAUUAACAAAACGAUCCCUAACCUUCAUCUACACUGCGGCUACAACCUUACGGCUCGGUACACUCACGGACAUCAUUUCAACAGUGCUUCGCGGGCAAUAAUAUCUCUGAAAAACGUUCUCAAGAACUGCUCGCUUUUCGUUGAUACGAUGAUUUGUUCUCUCUUUCUACCGCGGUGCACAGAGGAGAUAAGUGGACCUUAUCUACCCUGCCGAGGAGUCUGUUACGACUUCGCAAACGAUUGCAAUGAAAUCAUUCGGACCAGAGGACUUGAAUGGACAGUAGCUAUGUGUGAUAUUCUUCCAGAGAAAGACAACCCCAAGACUACUAAGGGAUACAGAGAGAGAUGCUUCACUCCCCCUAACUACAUAGUGAGCGGAAAAAGUAAGUAUUACAGAAUCAUGACUAUCGUAGUCUUCUGCACCCAGCGUGCAUUUGAAGUAAAGCUAAAAUACUAACAGAUUUGCAUUUUAACGCAUUAGCAAGUGAUAAGUUUAUUGUUCUCACAAACUACUCGAGCGCCGGGAAAGAUAAAAACGUCUAAUUAUCAGCUUAUGUACAAAUACUUAAAGAAAAACGGCUGAGGAUGGUAAGCAGAUUUAGUUUUCGAUUUUCUUUGUCCCUCGGUCAGUGCUGAAACCCAUCUUCAUGUAUCUCAAAUUUUGUUAUUUCAAAAAGCUAUCGAAUUUAUUAGGGUUAUCAAAAUAUUUUGAAACGUAAUGCUGACGGCAUUUGAGAUAUUUCUGACUACCCUUAUAUUGGUUCCUCGCGAAAUCAUUUAAAACCGGAUUUUACAAGAGUCCACAUAUCUUUGGUUCCGUUCGUGACUUGUUUAAACAUACAAAAUUGAAUAUUAAUGUACCUUUUUAUCAACAAUGGACCAUCAAGAUAGAUAACAAGAUGUCUCGGUUUUUGAGACAGGAGAUGUUGAACGACAUAACUAAAAGAGCUAUCGUAUGACCAAAAAUUGCCUCAAAACAUUAAGAGUAACAUGCUGCCUCCAGACACAGUGUUAUCUGAAGCCCUUAGUCAUUUUAUUUUUCCAUCUGACGUUUAUUUUAUAAGGCUCAAACACCUUCGCUCUAGAGGACAGCACAGAAAACCACGUGGUCGAGAGUUUCCCGCCAUUUUACGGUUGCGGGUUGUCGCCUGCCGUACCAUGUAGAUCUCUUUUGGCAUUUUAAAUAUGUUUCUACUAAAUUAAUGUUGGUAGUUAUAAUCCUGCUUUUAAAACGUCCCCGUACUUGUCUUGUUUCGUUUGCCGUUUGUUUGUUUUUCUCGUCAGCCAUAUUCUAUUGGAUACAAAGUUGCAAAUUUAGCAAAAAAAUAGUUAAAAAUGUUAAAUAGAUAAAAGUCCCAUUGCAUGGUUACUACAAACAAAAAAACAGAUAGAUACAAAAGUUCUACAUAAUGUAUUUUACGUGGUAACAAUGACGACAAUGAAAUCAUUGUGCACUCUCGGACUACUCUCAGAGCUACGGCCAGCCUCUUUCCACGGGAGGGGGUUUCAACUCGUGUGAAACUUAUUAAGACUCAAAAUUAAAGCAAGACUAUGUCAUCUACGUGUCGCGUCUAGAAGUCUUAAAGCAAUUUCUUGGAUUCUCAUAUCUCAAAGUAGUCUUUAUUGUACACCGAGUCGGCGCCAUUUUGAAUCACUUAAGAAAUUUUAUUAUUAUACCGCAAGUCAAACGGUAUGCGUAUUUCACGUGAAGAAGGAUAAAAAAUAUCUUGGAUUCUGAUGGCUCCAUUUGUCGCAACGCCGAGCAACAGGCUUCACGGGUGUUUUUAAGUCAAAAAUCUCACUUCACAGCGUCACAGUGGUCAAACCACGGCGCACUGGAAUAAGCUCUUCCAUCUUGAUUCUCUGGGUAGGUAUCUUUCCAAUCUUUAACAAUUAUUCCUCGAGCCCGAGUGGGCUCUGAGUCAAUAGCCUAAGGGCGAGAGGAAUAAUUGUUUUCAUAGUAAAAUCCAACUAGUUGGUUAAACUGAAUAUCGAGAAUAGAAAAAAAAUUAGCUACUUAAAGCUAGACUUUAACCUUUUUUACCGCCAAAAAGGCGGCGCUUUUCGCUACUAGUGGGCUAUAACAUCAGGGGCACCCAUCGAGAAUAUAGUUCAAAACCACUUAAUCAUAGCAUUGUUGAACGUAUUUUAGCAUUUAAACGGUAGAUAUACACAUAUUUUUAUCCCCUAAAAAAUUUUUCUUCUGUUCAGAUUUCCUAGCUGAAAGUCUAGUGAUCCGAAAAUUAUAGGGAUCAAAACUUACUUUUUCGAAAAUUUCAGCCAGAAACUGAAGGCUGCCGAAAAUUCUGGGUGACCUUUACAGUGUAAAAAUUCGUUAAAAAUGGGCAAUUAUACCAUUUUUGAGACGUUCGAAAAUCCUAGGAGAGGCAGGCAAGCAAGAAAUUUUACAACAAAUGUUCCGAAAAUUCUAGAUCACAAAUCGUCUUCCGAACAGAUAUUUUCCGAAAAUUGACGUUGGGAUAGACUAUAGCCUAGUAGUAGCUCAACCAAUCAGAACUCAGCAUUGAUAAUAGACCACUAGUUGGAUUUUACUAAAACUUGAUAUACUCACGCUAAGGAUGAAUUGUCAAAUAUACUUUUCUAAUAAUAUCUACUUUAUUUCUUUAGAGUACAAGCACAACUGCUCAGAUGUGGUUAUUCCAGAAUGCCAACGUAUCCCUGGUUACACUAAGACAGUAGUAUCACCCAGCCUACAACGUAGGUACGCAGCCUAUAUUCGAUCAAAGAUCAGGUAUAACGCGAGUGAUACUUGUAGCCAAGGACGGAAAGAAAUAGUCUGUGCGGAGAAUUUACCAGCUUGCAUGGAUGGAACAGUCGGCUUUCUCUGUAGAGACGAAUGUCUGAGAUUUUUUAACAGGUGCAAGUCACCUUUCUUUUAUGGGAGAGAUAUGUGUAUGGAGUUUCCUGAGAAAGAAGACAGCCAUAACCAUGUUGUAUGUAAGCAGACGCACUGGCCCCGUUCGGAGAAUUGGCCGUUGACUGAAACUCCUAGUGCUACGCCGACAGCGAUUUCAGGUGAGACUGGUUUACCCAGGGCGCUUUCCAUUUACCAAGAAAUUCCGAAAUUCCGGUGGGGAUGUUAAUGAACACACGUUUGUCGGGCGUUCCUCUGGAGACUUCCCAGGAAUAAGUGGAAUUUGAAAAGGUAGCUAGUACUAGCAUGAUUGUUCGAUUUACGAGUUUUCACAAGGAAUCACCUGUUCCAGGUUAUUCACGGCGAUAUUUGUGCCACCAUCUUGAAUUUUGGUGACAACAGCAUAAGCGAAUGCAACUUGUGUCAAAUGGAACACGUUCUUCACUCGAUGGACCUUUCCAUGGAAGUUUCCGAAAGUUUUUGGUGAAUGGUCAUGGAAAAUGCCCCCAUCAGUUUCGCUGUUUAGCUGUUUUGCUAUCUCAAAUGCACAGUUCACACGCGCUCUCUGUCAGGGCUAGCCUGGUUGCUAGCCAGCGAAUACAGCCGCCUCUCCUCGGUCCUCAUCACCGCUAGGGACGUUUCACAGAAAAGACGACGUCUCUUCUGUGAAACGUCCGUGGCAGCGAGGAGCGAGGAGCGAGGAGCGAGGCUAUAUCAAGGCUAGAAUUUAAGGGGGGAUAAGUGCACUCUGAAACGAUGGGUGUCAGUAGUUCUCAAAACAAUAGAUAAAGGGUCCAAACCCCCUAAACCUAACACCUUCGAGCUGCAGGUUAUAGGACGAAAUUAAAAAUCGAGGUUUUCCCUGAAGAGAUGCAUCACCCGUUAAGCGGAGGAACUACCCGGGGAAUGACCUAUACGGGGGAGGCUUCGGCCGAAAAGGGUAACUUUUUCAGGUUUCAGGUUUAUGAAAAACAAGAGAGGAGUGAAAAAGUAGGGAUUUCAUUUGUUGAGCAAAAUGAAAGGCUUGGGAAGUAUAUCAAAGGGGGCUAACAGUACAUUUUAUUGUUGUGAAAAAGUCGAAAAAGCGCUCCCACAUUCUGUAGCUGUUUCGUUAAAUAUCGUUAGUCCCGUGUUCAAAUCGCUCAGCAACCAACUGUACUUUUCAACAGUCAUCAGUAACUGAAUUAUCUCAUUCAUUUAUCAGGUACCCCUACAUCUCGAGAACCUUCAAGUAAAACAGGUUAGCAACUUGAUUUUUUUUUCAUAUCGUGAUCAUCAUGUUUCUACUUCUUACUUUUAAGCGCCUGCUACGCAGGCUAGUGGUGUGAUAAGACCUUCACUGCUGCCUUGUGCAACAUGUUUACAAACUAUCUCAGGUUUUCUUUGAUUGACAGUUUUCUCUCCAACGCGAAUACGUACCCCUCCCAAAGCCUCUUAACCAAGAAAUUUUCCACACUCUCAGAAGGCGGAAAAAAACGAUUUUCAUGGGCCUCUCGGACAGCCACUCCUUCUCCCCUCGCGUGUCUCUCUCGCGCGCCCUGUUCUUUCUCGGCCCUAUUACUUUUAAGCAUUCUCUCGGAUAAUUUUCUCUGUUAUUUUUAGAGCUUCCAAUCAUCAACCUGUAGACACAAAGAAUUAAAACUGAAAUGCUUUUUAAGCUUUCAAAUCUGAAUUCAAAUCUCGCACUAACCCUUGGUUCAGUCUUAACCGAGCUUUGAACAAUUCGGCCCAGGGGGUUUUAUUGCUUGCAGUCCAUAAUAUCAACGUGACGUUGUUGUCGUUGUUGUUAGUGGCUGGCCGUUAACUUUGUCAUUCCUUCUUCAUCUUGUAUUCUGUUAAGCUACAGUUUGCCCUGUAAAUGGAUUAAAAUUGCAAUCUACAGUCAAACUUGCGUUGAUUCACCCUAAAGGGGGGACCACAAACAGAGCAGAAAACAAUGAAAAUUACUUAUUAUAAUGGGACUAUAAGUGACCGGUUUAUAGCUUUAGCCGUUAAGUUCUCAGAACCUUCCCGUCACUUGAACGGAAAGAGGGUUUUUCCCGCCAUUACGAAGUGAAAUGGCGGGGCUCCCACAGGUCAGCUGUUUUGAUGUAGUGUGUACCAUAAUUUAGUCUGAAUGCUUAUGAAGUUUCAUCUUUUGUUUACACUAGCAUUAGAUACCGAUGAGGAGCCAACAACCACAGGUACGAAGCUUUAAUGAGCAAUAAUCUUGGUUUUGUUCCUCGUAAGGGUAGAGCGCAAUCACCUUCUUGGGGCUUUUCCCACUUUUAUAAGAGGAGAGCCCUGGGAAAGAGGUUGAAUGGGGCGAUUAUCGUGCCCAUGCCCAACUACAUCGCGCGGCUAUUUUUUUUAAGUGACCAAACAAAACUAGUGUGUAAUCUCGUCAGAGUUACACACAAGAAAAUGUGGAAAUUUGAGAUUUGACUGAAAACAAUAAAUUUGACUGUUUUAGCGAACGGAGAACAACAUUGUCGGUCUGGUUAACAACGGUAUUUCACUUUGUCUUUAGAGUUAUGCUCUGUGUCUCAAUCAACAUCAAAUGAACAUUUACGGAGAAAACAUUCCUGGUAAUAAUUUUGGAAAAAAAUCUGCAAAACUCGCAAAAGUUAGAACCCCGCAAAACUUUGGUGCCAAACACCUCAAAACCUCAAUCGUUUUGAUAUUCAUGUUUUUGUUUCCUUGUAGACAUCCCUCCUUCAGGUGUUCAAGGACUCCAGAAAGACAAAAAAUCUGGCUCUAAUAAGCUCUUAGUUGGGCUUGUCGUCGCAUUUGUUUUCUUGAUUCUAAUUGUCCUAGGAGUUCUAGGGUUUGUGUGGUAUAGGAGGAAGAAAGUUCGUCAGUUUGACUAUCAAAAACAAGUUCUUUACUCCGACGACAGAGAGGACGAAUUUGAAAUUUCUACUUAACAGUUUUUUCUUUUAGUAAAUCAAUAGUACAGAUUUUACGAGUUUUAUAAUGAUUUGUAAAAUUAAUAUUGUAGUUUGUCAAACGGACCAAAAUAAGGAAAUGCCAGGGGUUUUCUUAGACCCCGUAGUCAAAUGAGUAUUUCAUACACACUUACAGGGUCGAAAGCUUGAAAAGCCUUGAAAAGUUCAUCAGCAGAUUCCAGUCGUUUAAAAGGUUAAAUCCACUGGGUAAAUUACUAUCCAGUGGUUUCCCCUAUCCACUGCCGGAAAGUGAUUUAUUCAAUGGAUAGCGCUAUCUCGCUUUUGAAAGACUGGGACCUGAAAUAUAGUUAAGUAAACUUUAGUAUUGGCGAGUUACACCGUUAAGGUGGCUCGAUACAGUUUUUCAGGGUCAAUACCUCCCAAGUUUCAGCAUAAACUACGUAUACGUCGCCAUUAACAAAGAUUUGGAAAAAUUACCAGCACAGCUGUAUUAGAUAAAGAUGAAAGUUUGUUAUGGUCAGGAUUGCAAUGACAUCGGAGUUGUCAUAGCAACGAAAUAACACCACCACCUAUUUGACUUGCAGCCGCAUUUCUCGCCACUGAGAACCGUUCUUCCUAAAUCGUUUACACGAGCUUUUUCCUCCAAUAGUCGUCUUAAUGUUCGUGAAGUUUAAGCGAAAUCUAUAACAGCGUUAUCGAGAUAUUUUGGGAUGAAGUUUUUAUGGUUAGAAAUACGGUAAAAAAAUGAACAAUCUUGAUGUUCGGCCGUUAUCUGUAAAAAACGAAGCGCUUUUGAAAUGCAAUUUCGCCUCAUAGUAGUUUCAAUCUUUUUAAAAACGUGUGUGAAAGAUCAUGGAGAUAAUUCUAGCCAAUUGCUAGAAAGAUGGAUUUGAUUAGCAUGUAUCGAGGGGCUCUUGUUGACGGUUUUGUAAACAUUUUGGUCUACUUUGACAAAUUAGCGAAUACUUUUUAAACCCCUCGAUAGAUUUUUAUUUAUAAAAAAUUGAGAUUCUCGCGUUUACGUUUGUGGAAUCCCCCGGCAAGAAAUCCCUUUUUUGGCCUAAACGGGUAUGCGCCGCUCUCGACUCUGACAGAGUAUAGUUUUCAGGUGCUUGGGAAGUGAAAAGGGCCUGAUACAAUUCAUCACCAGUUAGCGUCUUGAAAAAGGUUGUAUUUUUGGACCAGAAGCCUUUAAAAGAGUUUGAAAAUUGGCGAUAAAAGUCUAAAUUUGUGAAAACAAAAAAUCUUAUUCCUAAAAAGCUACUUAAUUGUGUUGGACAAACGAAAUGAAUCGGGAUCAUAGAAUAAGGUCGCUUGUCUUAACCCUUUAAACCUUAACAUCAAAAUUCAAAUUCUCAUUUGUUAUCCCUAUACGUUUUCAGUAGAAAUAGUGGGGAGAAUUUGUUGAAGUAUCAAUUACAUUCAUCUUGUGUGAUCAUGUCCUUAAUUCUCAUGACCACUCUGUUUUAUAAAGCAUUGAUAUUACAUGGAGAAAUUUGACGCUGAUCACUCUUAGUGCUUGAAGGGUUAAACGAGGUGGCGAAAUGAAAGACUUGCCUUGAACAAGUUCAAGGUUUUGAAGGCCUCGCCGCCGGUGCAACUCUCAACCGCAGCUUCCCUUGGGUUCUCCCCUCCGCUUCUACGGACUCCUUUGUUAUAUGCCUGGUAAUUAACUUCCAGCAUUGGCAGUUAAAUGAAAAUCAACGUUAUGAGUUUUUUUUAUUAGUAAAUAUUGGCUGCAGGGCUUUCGUAUUUCAAGCAGCUGAAAACACAAUCAGAAUUGCAGUUUACAAUAGGAUCUGCAUGCACCCUGAUCUCCCUUGACCCCCUCUUUCAAGACUGUUCCAUACCCUCUUGGACAUCCUCCCUAAAUUUUCCCUUACCAUACAUUUCCUUUUAACUCAGAGCAACCUUAAUUCUGUAUAACUAAAACAAUUUUUUGCAACCAGUUUCACUAUUUGCUACCUCAAAUACACAGUUUACACGCCCUCCGUAUCAGGGAGGGACAAUUGCGCCGUUUGAAAUGACGCUUGUCCUUGGUUUGACUAAACAAUAGAUGAAAAGGCCCAAACAGUAAGAGGUGCAGAUUAUAGAGACAAAUUGAAAAUAGAGGUCUAGAAGAGAUGCGCUACCCGUUAAAAGGAGGAACUCUGGAGAGACGUUGCUCCUGUAGCACCCCAAACUUUUCAGCAGCAAACUGAGAUUUCUGAACGUUUACUACGCUAACCCAAAAUAACUUUAAAAAACAUGUAAGGACAUGCAACGACGUAAUUUAUAGACAGCUUCAAAGGUGAAUGUUCCCUUUUAAUUUAUAUUAAUGUGUUUUCCCUGAACUUUGAGUCAAUACUUGAAUAAAACCAUUACAACGAUAUUUAGGCAAUAAAUCAGUUUUAAUUAUUGAUUUGUGACGCCUUCGAGUAACACACGCGACUGACAAAGAAACGCAGUAUUACUACUUCGCGGCUGUAGUAGUUUUUCUUUUGGUAAAAUGCGGCUUACUCUGCUCGCAAUUUUGGGCCUUGGUGGAGACUUUUCAGGGGAAAGCAAGCAAAAGGUGAAAGAAGCAGAUUUCGUCUAUGCCACUUUCAUCCUAUUAAUUCCGAGUCCUGCUCCGAUCCCUAUCAGUCAAGCCAUCGCCCGUUGCACUCACGCGCAUGUCCAAAGUCCUUAGAAGACAACCCACUCACCCGGUGGUUUACGGGCUCAAGGCCUCUUCCUCUUUCCCGCUGGCUGUAGCUGUUUCUUGCAGUUACUCCGGAUUCCAACUCAUGGAACACCCUUACUUGUCAGCAGCCAUCUGCUUCGCCUUAAGCCUAGACCUUUGUCUUGAGAAAUCGAGGCAUCUCUCUGCUUGGAGUAGUGGAAAGGACCGAGGAGUAACAGUUAAACAUAACUACAGAUGACCCAUGUAUUUUAUAAAUGCGUGCAGCACGUGCAAGGUGUAAUUAUGCUAAUUUCAAUCACCAUCAUCCUUCUUUUUAAUUUUGAAAAAAACAUCUCGUACGUCUUCCUGUUUCUUCGGAACUUCAAAAUCAGUUUUCCCUCAGUGUUUACUGUUUACUUUGUUUUGUUUUAGAGAGAAAAACGGAGAAAAAAAAACUAUAAUUAACCUCAAUAAAUUUUGUUUACAUGCGGUUGUCGGAUUUGCGACGCAUUGCUCGAAUCGCCAUGGCGCAUUGCUCUCGAGAAGCAAUGUUUAAAGUAGUACAACGCCACUAUAUCAAAAUAUAUCAAGCUAAUUUUUUGUUAUGUUAUGUAAAAUUUAUCCCCCUUUAACAUAUGUAAAAAUUACGGUUAAGAAGUGUUAAAUUUUGCAAAUGAAAAGGGGAAAGACGAUUAGGUCAUAUUUAGCAGAAGGAGGAGGUAUUCAACACUUUCAAAUUGAACCCAAAUUUUGGCAUUACACGACCAACAACUUUGACUUUUAGGCAUUAUACAAACAUUAAGACAUGAAACUGUUUAUUAAUAUUGUUAUGAAACAAAUUUAUCUAUUCAACAUUGUAGCCUGAAAUUACAGAAAGAAAAUAGGAUUUCCGGUUUGCAAAAAGGAAAAUUUCACCGGCCUUCAAGAGUACCGGAAGCGCAGAAAGAGCGCUCGUGCCAGUCCUACUCCGCAUCACACAUUGAAUGAAGAGCGGAGCGCUCGUUUCACCGCUCAACCUUUAUCCGCCCUGGUUUCCCGUAAUACAUCUCCGCUAGAUAGUGAUUUAUCCGGUGGACAUACCGCUAUCCAACGUUUGAACAACCUAGGCCUGGUUUUUUACUCUCGUAACAAUGAACAAUAUAACCCAAUCUUGUUCCAAGGGCUUUCCUCCAUUUCUGGGCGAAAGGCCCUGGCCGAAUGGUUGAAUAGGGCUAUUAUCAUGCUUCGAGUGGGAAAUUUUUUAACCGCCCGCUUUUGAUAUAUUUAAACUCUGAUAUCACUCCAAGGAUUUCAAGGAAGUGACCACUUAAUUGAGGCCAGGGUGCCCCUCUUAUAGAACACGUUUUCCUGUUACUCCUGGGAUCUCUCCACAAACUCGAACAGAGAAAUACACGCCUCGGCAGUUUACUAAGAGAAAGGCGCUAAGGCGAGGUUUUAUUAAUGUCUUACACACUGAGUUGUCUUACAUAAGAUAAGUGGGCAGUAAUAAGUUAACUAAACGUUUCUGAUGCAAUAUGUUUUGCUUACACUACCAUUAGAUAAGUCAAAUAAAGCCGAUGAGAUCCCUACGAACUCUACAGGUACGGAGCUUAAUUCAUUCAGAUCAUUUUGCAGUCCCGGUUUUUGUACACUGAAUACAACACAGUCUUGUUCCAAGUUUUUUUUCGCCAGUUCUGGGGGAAAAGCCCUGGGAACGUGGUUGAAUGGGGUGGUUACUUCUUAUGUCGAGGUUUUAUGAAUCUCUUAAGUAUUGACUGUCUUGCAUGAGAUCAGUAGGCAGUAAAAAGUUAACUAAACGUUUCUGAUGUAAUUUGUUUUGCUUACACUACGAUUAGAUAAGUCGAGUACAUCCGAUGAGAACCCUUCGACCACUACAGGUACAGAUCUUAAAUCAUUUUGCAGUUUAGGUUUUUAUACCUUAAAAAAAUAUAUAACGCAAUCUUGUUCGAGGGCUUGUCCCUGAUUCUGGAGGAAAAGCCCUCGCUCGGUACAAGGUUUAACAGGGCGAUUAUCGAUCGAUUAGCGUGCUUCGAGCGGGAUAAUGGUUUUAAUGGGCCAUGUUCAGUAUACGUGACUCUGAGGCUUUCUGGUCUUAUUUCUGUUUGGUUUGGUUUUCAUUGUACUCUACUCUCUUCUGGGAGAAACGAGACAAUGGAAUCUUCAACAAAAAUUUUCGAUUUUGUCGGUAAAGCCUAGGUGUCAUGUUAGAAUUUUGAUAUAAACAGCACGUGGAUUAAAAUUGCCUGAAUCUUCCACUUUUGCCCCAUAUAAGGGAAUCCGAAAUCUGAAAAUUUUUGUUUAUGGAAUCCGGAAUUUUGGACUUUGGAGUCCGGAAUACAGCUGAAGGAAUCUGGAAUCUUUAACAAAGAAUCCAGGACCCCUUACCUCGAAUCUGGGAUCCACGUUUUGGAAUCCAGAAUCCAAUACUGUCUUGGAUUCACUUACAUGGAGGUAUUCGAAUUCCCGGAGGGGGGGGGGCACUUCCUUAUAAGAGGCUAAUGGGGAUGUGCCGCUGGUUUCAAUAGAGUUACUAGAGUGGGUUCGCACAAUUCGUAUUUUUGGGGUAAGAAAGUUGUUCAUGUCUACGCUUAGUAAAAGUACCAGAAUAUUUGUACUGUAGGUGGAAAGUAAACUGUUCUUCAUUCAAUUUAUUAAAAAAUGGGUCAAUUCAUUUUUGGAUGACCUAUUUAAAGGAUUGAUAAGAUAGAUACAUAAAUAGAAAGUGACUAAGUUGGGAUCGCGAAAAAAUUACAUAUUUGCCCAAAAGGGACUGAGAUGGGGUCUACAAUUGCCCGGAAAAUAGACUAUAAUGGGGUAGGGGCUCUGAGAGGCCAGCGGCACAUACCCAGCAAAAAUUUACCCAAGUAACCCCCCCCCCCCCCGGGUUCGAAACGUCUUUACAAAGCCGCUUUCUUCUCCCAAUAUGCGAAUAAUAAUUUGUGAAGGAGACAUUGCUUGUAAUUUCAUGUCAGAACUUCAUGCGCAGCGUGAACAAAUAGUUAGUGCCACAGAGAAUUGAGUGAAGCACACCAAAACCUAUCGUUUUCAUAUUCAUGAUUUUGUUUCCUUCUAGACAUACCUUCACCAGCUGUCAAAGGACUCCAGAAAGACAAAAGAUCUGCUGGCCCAAAUAAACUCUUAGUAGGGUGUAUGGUCACCUUUGCUUUUUUAAUUCUAAUUGUUCUAGGAGUUGUAGGUUUUGUGUGGUAUAGGAGGAAGAAAGUUCGUCAGUUUGACUAUCAAAAACAAGUUCUGUAUUCCGAGGACAGAGAAGACGAAUUUCAAAUUUUUACUUAACUAUUUUUUUCUUUUAGUAGUGCAGUAGUUUAGAAAUUCUACGAGUUGUGUAAUAAUUUGUAAAAUUGUAGUUUAUAAAGUAAAUGGGUAAAAAAAGGAAAUGCCAGUGAUUUUCUUAGACGUCAUGCACAGUGGGUCGAAAGCGUGAAAAGCCUUAACAGUGUGGCUAGUCGAACAACCGGUCCAAGUUGCCCAAAAGUCUGAAUCCAUAGGAUAAAUCUCUCUCCAGCGGAUAGCGCAACUGGUUUCACUUAUUCGCUGGAAAGCGAUUUAUUCAGUGGAUAGCGCUAUCUACCUAAUGAACGACUGGGUCCUGAGAAAUAUAGC